UUUCCGAGGAACACUUGAACGCAGCAUUAGCUGUGGCGACCAGCCAUGUUUGACUCUCUUUAAACCGCUGUUAAUGUUUCCACAGACCUGGCAAACAUACUUUUACUGUGAAAAGUUGUAUUUAAUGUCAUUUAAAAGCUUUAGCUUCCCGGGGUUGCAUCAAAACUACAAAUAAGGGAUAUGACAUCAAAACAGAAAGUUGGGAAAGUUGGCUCCAAGAGUAAGGAGGAUGCUCCCUACGAGUUGGAGAAUCAGUUUGUACUGCGACUGCCAACGGAGUACGCCUCCACAGUUAGGAGGAUUGCACAGUCGAGUAGCAUGAAUAUGAAGGACAGACUCACCAUUGAGUUGCACCCCGACGGUCGCCAUGGCAUCGUGAGAGUGGACCGUGUCCCACUGGCCUGCAAACUGGUGGAUCUGCCCUGUAUCAUUGAGUCCCUGAAAACCGUGGACAAGAAGACUUUAUAUAAGACAGCGGACAUCUGCCAGAUGCUGGUGUGCACACUAGAUGGAGACCUCUACCCUCCUCUGGAGGAGCCCACUGGCACAGAUCCCAAAACCAAGAAGAAGGACAAAGACAAGGACAAGAAAUUCAUUUGGAACCACGGCAUCACCUGUCCCCUCAAGAACACUCGCAAGAGGCGGUUUCGCAAGACUGCCAAAAAGAAGUACAUUGAGUCUCCCGACGUGGAAAAAGAGGUGAAGCGAUUGCUGAGCACAGACGCUGAAGCUGUCAGCGUUCGGUGGGAAAUAAUAGCUGAGGAGGACUCAAAGGACGUAGACCAGCACGGCUCUCUGGGCAACCUGGACUCAUCACCAGGCACCUCAGGGCACAAGAUGGGUCACGGAUCCUCCACCCAACGUGACGAGCUGAGGGAGAUCUUCAACGAUAUCAGCAGCUCCAGCGAGGACGAGGAGGACGAAGCUGACCGCCACGAGGAUGAGGACCUAAAUAUCAUGGACACGGAAGACGAUCUGGCCCAAGACAAGCUGGAUGAGUCCGAUCCUGCGCAGCACGAAUUGGACAGAAACAACCAAAUAGUGAUGGAGUACCAGGUGCAGAUCAACAGCGUCAAGGCUAAGCUGCAGGAGACACGCGCCCGAAAGAAACAGCAGGAAGAGCUCAUCAUGAAAGUGGAGAACCAGGCCCUCAAAAACCGAUUCGAGGCGUGUUUGAAUGAGAUCAUUCAGCAGGAGGAGCGGGAGAUGGAGCAGCUGGCCUCGCUGCAGGAGCAGCUGGACUCCCUCAUCGAGAAGUGACCACCAGGGGGCGCCCACACACAGGCCUUCAGUGAGAUGUUGGCAUGCAGACACUGAUUUGCAUCUGCACAUUAAAGUCUUUUGUUUCUAGAGAA